AUGGAGACGCUUGAUGCCUUAGAUCUCCUUGGACGAGUUUUGACCUGCCAAGGAUUCUAUGCUCAGGCUGAGAAGCUGCACCUACGAACAUUCAAGUUUAGUAAGGUCAUGUUAGGAGACGAGCAUCCAGACACCCUGGCGAGCAUGGACAGCCUGGCGUUGACAUUCUGGAACCAAGGCCGAUUGAAGGAGGCGGAAGGGCUACAGGUAGGAGCGAUGGAGACGAGGAAGAGAGUGCUAGGAGAGGAACAUCCCGAUACGCUGGCGAGCAAGAAUAACCUGGCGUCGACAUUCAGCAACCAAGGUCGAUGGAAGGAGGCAGAAGAGCUACAGGUAGGAGUGAUAGAGAUAAGGAAGAGAGUGCUAGGAGAGGAGCAUCCCGAUACGCUGGCGAGCAAGAUUAACCUGGCGUCGACAUUCAGCAACCAAGGUCGAUGGAAGGAGGCAGAGGAGUUACAGGUGGGAGUGAUAGAGACGGCGAAGAGAGUGCUAGGAAAGGAGCAUCCCGAUACGUUGAUUGGCAUGCACAAUCUGGCCCUCACCUGGAGAGGCCAGGGCCGUACCAGAGAUGCUUUAGAUCUGAUGCGAAGCUGCGUUGUCCUACGAGAGCGAGUGCUUGGUACAGACCAUCCGCAUACAGCAAAAUCGGUGGUAGCCCUCGCUAAGUGGAAAAUAUGA